GUCCUCGAACAAACAGCGGCCUUCUCUUGCAGAUUGCCAACCAGUCAGGCCGGUCAAGCAAGGCAUUCAGCUUGCCCAGACUGUCCUUGUGCUUCGACCAGAGCAAUCGCCCGCCGCAGUCCUUUAUAUGGUCACGAACCGUCUCGUGCUGCAAUCAUCCUGCAAGCUCGCGAGCCUGCAUUCUUUAGCCACAUCGACUGGACCCAAUACCCGAUCGUUUCAGAUCCUUGAAACCGGGGUCCAGCAUCGGUCCUCGGCUUCACCCUUCCCACAUUCCGGGCGUCACUGCAACCUUUAGUGAUGCCAGCUCCCAGUAAGUGUGCCUCUUGUAACAUCCCUACCCCCCUUGUCACCAGACCCCAGUCAAAGACAUGUCCCCCACCCUCACUGUCCAACCCCUCUAUAUUACACUCGACCUCUCCUUUUGCUUGCUCCGCACUGCACUCCCCCUCUAUUCCUUGUCCUAUCCUGUCUUCCUCUUCGCUGGCAGCUCCCACGAUGCUUCGUGAAGCACUACUGACUGUCCCCGAAGCGGACGCACUCUUCACCCCCCCUUCUUCCUACUCCCCCCAGAAGACCCUCGCGAGGCUGGACCUCCGGUUUGACUCCAACUCUGACGAUAGUCUAGACGGUGACAUCUUCAACAUGAAUACCAUGGCUGGCACUGGUUCCCCAUCCCCUUAUAUCAAGGAGGAACUGGACGACAUGCAUUUCAAUCCCAACCGAUUCAUGGGCCACAGCGGGUUGGGCAUGACGCAGCAGUUUGGGAAUCAAGAGUUCAGUGGUGCUCAAGACAACAUGGGAGCCAUCAAUCCCUCCGAUCUCUCUGUAUCCGGAAAUUUCCUAAACAACAAUCAGUUUGGCACAGGUUACAUGCCCGGUGGUGCUGGCAUCGCCGACGACGAACUGGCCGACUCCUUGGGCAACUUCGAUCACCAGCAGAAUUUCGGUGGCUUCAACCAGGAGGAGAAUUAUCUCCAUGCUCAACCUGCUGGUGCCCAGGUCCCCCGCAACCACGCCGCUAUGCAUCAGUUGUACUCGAAUACCCCGGACGACUUGCCGAUCCAGAGUCCCUUCACCCAGCCCCAGGCCUUCGACUUUUCCCAGUAUCAGUCGCCUUCCCAACGGUUAGGCUUCGCACAUAGUAUGCCCAACGGCGCCAUCUCCCGCCAGAGAAUGGCUGCCGCCAUGAGCCGCAAUGGAUCCGACAGUCGCAGCCCCAUGUCACCCAAGGGUCAUACUAUCGGUGCAGGACAGUUCGGCACCCCUGACUCGGGCAACUUUGGUUCGCAACCUAUCAUGACGACUAUGCAUCGCCGUCAGAAGAGCGUAGGCGGUACCUGGGAUGGCACCCCGGGCAGUUCCCACUCUUGGAUAGAGUCACCCGCCCACUCUCCUCAUACCGCUACCUUGCCGCAUCAGCAAAUCUCCGAAGUGAUGCACUCGGCGAAGCACGCUUCCCUGCCUGCGAAGGUGGAUCUGGGCCAGUCACAAGAUGCCAAGAAGCGGCGUCGUCGCGAGUCGCAUAAUCUUGUCGAACGUCGGCGUCGUGACAACAUCAACGAGCGCAUCCAGGACCUCUCUCGCCUUGUUCCCCAGCAUCGACUGGAGGACGAGAAGAUCAGGAAGCACAUCAAUAACAACGGGCCACUCUCGCCAGCACUCACAAGUGGCAUGUCCCCUCCCCAGGCCACAUCUCUCUUGGCUGGCGGCACCGGCAAACGGGCUGCCGGCAACAUCACCACCGGCCUGCCGAUUGAAGAGAAAGACAAGGGCCCCAACAAGGGUGACAUUCUGAAUGGUGCCGUGAGCUGGACACGCGAUCUCAUGUGGAUGCUGUACAGACAGAUAAAGGAGAACGAUGCUCUGAAAGCUCGCCUCGGCCAACAAGGAUGGGUCAGCGAAGAGACGGAGGAAGAGCGCCGCAUGCGUACAGAACUCGUGGAAGCUGUCGAGAAGAACGGUGUCGAUAGCUUCAAGUAUUCAAGAGGACCGGGCUCCGGUUUGCGGGUUCCCAAGCAUACCAAUCUCGCCGGGGAACCCAUUGGGCAGAUAUCCCCACAGAGCCUUAGUCCCGGUAUGCAAAGUAACGGAAGCAGCUCCAACGUCAACGCUGGCGACAAUGCAAACGCGAAUCAGCAAUUCUGGAUGAGCCAACAAACCGACAACAACCCAUUCACGCUGAAGGAAGAGGAUGAAUACAAUUCGAUGGAUAUGGGCUGAAGCCUUCCUCUACAUUACAUACAUUAGCGGAUGCUUUGCCGCAGCCUCCAUAUCGCACAAUCUUCGUAUCUUCAGGCAUAGGAAUGUCUCUCUGAUCCUA